AUGCUGCAACCACAGAUCCGGCGAAAGCCUCUGGAGCCGGGCCCGCCUUCCUAUGCUCACUCCCGCACGCGCACCACCUCCUCAAAUGUUUUCCCUGCCCAGCCAGGCUACCCGAUGCAGCAGGCACCGAUACCGCAGCAUCUUGCACAGCCGAUCCAACAGCAUUCCCGUCGCUCCUCGUCCGUCAAUACGAUAAGCACCUCGUCGAGCAUACCUCCACCUGCCGCCUACCGACAAAACUCCGUGUCAGACCUGCAACGCUCAGGAUCCAACCGUUCGGGCGGCGCAACAAGCAUCAUGCCCCAGGGCGGUGGUUAUGUUGCUCUGCUACGCAAACAAAAGGCGACAGUGUGGUGCGAUCGGGCGCAGUAUGAGGAUCCCCGUUUGACUGCACAGCAGCGAGCUGCCAAGAAGCGAGCAAAUCUUGAAGUCGUCCGAGCAGGCAGUCGUACCAGCACUGGUAUGAGCUCCGCAAAAGCCGGCGGCAAGGUCCGGGCCCAUGCCAAGAAUCAGGUUGUAGGACUCACCCCUGGCGAGAACCAUGUCGGUGUGGGCGGUGUCCCUCUUCGCCUACUCGCUACCGAGGCUGAGGGAGAGAGCAGCGACGACGAACCCAUGGCUCGUUCUCAACACCGCAGGACGAAUAGCAGUGGCCGGAACAGCAUUGCCAGCGGUCGCCGUGGUAUCCCAUACAGAACUUCCGGGGGCCACGGUAGUUUCAGCGGCAAACGACAGAGCCCUAACGACACCCCUGAGCGAUCUGGAAGUCUGGUCGACGAUCGCCCUGCGUCGAUUGUGAGGGACGAUGCGGCCAGCGGCAAAGCUCGCAGUACGCAUAGUGGCAGCAGUGCCGAGCGUGCUGACAAUGUGGCUGAACUGUCCGUUGCCCCGCGACUUGCUGCAAAUUCUCUGAUGCACGCUACCCUGACCAGGGAGAAGAGCGUCAAGAAUCCUGAAGAGCUUAGAAGACGUGGCAGCGUCGACGAACGAACAAGCACCCUCACGUCCCAGCGCCUUUAUAUCGCCAACCCCGAUUAA